CAACAACCUGGCACCAGCUAGCACACGGGAUGGGUGCAGGGUGCACCUCCGAGGGACAUAGAUGCAUUUAUAAGCCUUCUAAUUAGAAACCUAGUCAAAAUGGAGCGGGGAGGGAACAAAAAAAAAAAAUCGGAGGCUGCCCCUAUAAAUGCCCUCAUAGCACUAAAAUCGCCCUACCUUCUCCUCUUGGUUCUCCGUCUCUUCUCUUGCUCCGUUUCUUUUUUUCUCUUUUCUUUCUCUCCUUGGAGUCAGAUCUCUUCUAGGAGGAGGGACGAUGAGCCUCUCGGUGUCUUUCUUCGAUCGGGCAUCGCAGGCGUUCCAUCGGAGUCCCAAAUUCUCGAAGCUGCUCGUUAUCUUCGCCGUCGGUGCUGGAGGUAUUGUGGCAUAUGCUGAUGCAAAAUCAGGCCAUGUUGUUGAAUCAUCUGAAGUAUCUGGCAAGAAAAAGUUGGUAGUCCUUGGAACUGGCUGGGCUGGCAUGAGUUUCUUGAAAAAUCUCGAUACCUCCUUGUAUGAUGUGCAGGUGGUAUCACCUCGUAAUUAUUUUGCCUUUACGCCUUUGCUGCCAAGCGUCACAUGUGGGACAGUGGAAUCACGUAGUAUCAUUGAGCCAAUCCGCAAUAUUGUCAAAAAGAAGGGUGGAGUUAAAUUUUGGGAAGCUGAAUGUUUUAACAUUGAUCCAGUAAACAAGAAAGUUCACUGUCGAUCUAAUAGUGGAAUGAACAUGGGUGGAAAUGGUGAAUUUGCGGUCGAUUAUGACUACUUGGUCCUUGCAAUUGGAGCUAGGCCGAAUACAUUCAACACCCCUGGUGUGGUGGAGCAUUGUCAUUUUCUGAAGGAAGUAGAGGAUGCCGAGAAAAUUCGGCGGAGUGUGAUGAAUUGUUUUGAAAAGGCCAGUCUUCCGAACCUUAGUGAAGAAGAGAAAAGGAAAAAUCUUCACUUCAUCAUUGUUGGUGGUGGUCCAACUGGCGUGGAAUUUGCUGCUGCGCUGCAUGACUUUGUCUCUGAAGAUUUGUCGAAGUUGUAUCCUACCUGUAAAGAUUUGGUGAAGAUAUCAGUAAUUGAGGCUGGCGAGCAUAUUUUAAGCAUGUUUGACAAAAGAAUCACUAAAUUUGCUGAAGAGAAGUUCCAGCGAGAUGGUAUUGAAGUGAAAACAAAUUUUAAGGUUGUUAAGGUGUCUGAUGAAGCCAUCACUAUGACAAAUGCAGCUACUGGAGAAAUAAACGUACCCUAUGGGAUGGCUGUUUGGUCUACUGGUAUUGGGACCCGUCCUCUCAUGAUGGACUUCAUGAAACAAGUCGGUCAGGGCAAUAGGCGUGUAUUGGCAACUGACGAAUGGCUCAGAGUUCAUAACUGUGAUGGGGUUUAUGCACUUGGUGACUGUGCCACUGUAAGCCAGAGAAAAGUCAUGGAAGAUGUCUCUGAAAUAUUUAGGAUUGUGGACAAAGACCAUUCGGGAAAAUUAACUUCGAAAGAAAUCAAAGAUGUUCUAGAUGACAUCUGUGAAAGGUAUCCUCAGGUGGAACUUUAUAUGAAGAGCAAACAAAUGAAGAACUCUGUAGAUCUCCUGAGGGAUUUGGAAAGCAAUUCCCUCAAAGAAUCUAAAGAACUGGACCUAGAAGACUUUAAGAAAGCUCUUGCUUAUGUGGAUUCACAGGUCAAAAUGCUCCCUGCAACAGCUCAGGUUGCUGCACAACAAGGUUAUUAUCUUGCUCAAUGCUUUAACAAGAUGAACAUAAGUGAAGAACACCCUGAAGGUCCUCUUCGUAUCAGAGGAACGGGUCGCCAUCGGUUUCAACCCUUUCGGUACAAACAUCUUGGUCAGUUUGCCCCAUUGGGUGGAGGGCAAACGGCUGCACAGCUGCCUGGAGACUGGAUUUCUAUAGGCCACGGCGCCCAGGGGCUUUGGUAUUCUGUAUAUGCAAGUAAGCAAGUCAGCUGGCGCACAAGGGUUAUGGUGAUUGGCGACUGGACGAGAAGAUUCAUCUUUGGGCGGGACUCCAGUUGCCUUUAAGAUGGGAGAAAGCUAAGCCAUCUAUAUAGACAGCCUGGGCAGACCACAACUUCCUGGGCUUCUUUAAGAUUCGUAUUUCAUUACACUCCAUUUCCAUUUCCUCUCUUUGAUUGAAUUGUAAAUAAAUCUCUUGUGACGGCAAGAGAGCAUUUUGCUGUCAAUUUUGGGUAUCACUAUGCCUUCAUUCUAAUUGCACUUGUGACCUGGAGUGGUCACUACAGAUGAAUGCUAUCAAAUAUAUUCUUUUGGGGUAAACUGAGGUGCUAUCUGCCCCCGGAGCGGGCCACACUUUCAAUGCUGUGCGGCAGUGCUGCAAUUGUGUGUCGUCUUAGUUUGAUUAAUGACUGAUGACGUCAAAAUACCUCUUUGAUUGAUGUAUCUUUAAUAUUUUCAAUUUUUAAACAUCAUUCAUUCGAAAUGUGAUAGUGGUAUCAUUAGC